GUAGAAAGUUUGAUGUGCUAAUUAGGAGAAUUCUAUAUUUAUGCUGGUUGUCAAAUAUGUCAGCCAUUAUAGGGAUUCUAUUCUGUUACAUAUAACACAACAAAAUGCUCUAUUUUUGAUAAAAAUAAAUUUGAUGCAAUCACUUCUAAUAAAAUUUAACUCAAACCUGGGUUUUGGAGGCCAAAUUAAAUUUCAGAUUAUGUAGAAUUAUGCUUUAAAAACCCAACUUACUGUGAAGGGGGAUGGAAAUAUGGAAAUGAACUUUGCUCUCAGGGUCACAUUGGGGGAUUAUGUGAAGAAUGUGAUCGAUAUGAUAUAAGAGGAGCAGGAUAAUUCUUUAAAGACUAAAAGCAACUAGAAUGUAAAUAAUGUUUAGAAUUUUCUGGGUUGUUAUUAACCUUUUUGUUAAUUUCAAUUUGGUACAAUAUUUUUAAUUUCUUUAGGUCUAUCCUUCCUACUUUAUUAACCAUCCAAAGUAUUGAAAGAUCGAAUUAAUUAUUUGCAUUACUUAAGGUUAGAAAAUAAUUUGUAGAAAUUUUAUUCAAACUAAAUUAAGGUAACAUUAAUAAUGUAUAUUUAGAUCAUGAAAGCAUUUUGCUUAAAUUAUUUCUUAAUUAUUUGUGGGUUUUUUGUCUUAUUUUUACAUUUAAUAUUCGUUUCUCCUUUUCUUUGAAUGUUGUAAAAUAAUCUAAUGAUACGUCCUAUUAUAUGGCCAAUUAUUUUGAUUGUAUUUUGGCUGAAAUUUAAGGGAUAGAUUUAAUUUACAGUAGAAUCUUGGUUAUGUUUGUAUUAUUAGUUGGCUAGAUAUUAAUUAUCUAUAUUGGAUUUUAAGUGGCAUCAGACUUGAAUAAAACUAAAUUUAGGAUAAGGGUCUUAUCUAUUACAAUUUUGUAUUUGUACAUCUAAAAUUAUGCAUCCUUGAUUAAUUAGUAAAUUAAUAUGUAUUAGCACUAGAUUUUUUUUGAUUAUUGCUGUGAGAAAGAUCUCAAAUCUAAAUUAUAUAUCAGGCGAUGUAUCUCUACUAUAUGGAUCGGAUAGUCACAUCUUAUGGAUAAAAAGAUUUGCAAUUCCUGGAUCUUCAUUUAUUGGAUUGAUCGUACCUUUAUUGUUGUUUCUACUUUUGUACAUUAAUAGAGAAAAUCAUAACAAGAUAAAAUUUCGAAGACAUAUAGGAUAUUUAUUUAAUGAAUAUACCUAAAAGAACUAUUUUUGGGAAAUGAUUAAAUUGUGGAAGAAAACUAUUAUUAUUAUUUUAAUCUACUUUGAAACUGACAUCUUUUUGAAAGCAACAUUAUUAGGGCUUUGCUUAAUGUUUUACUAAUUGAUUGCCUUGAAGUAUAAACCCUUUAUACUUAAUAUGUAUAAUCAAUUGGAUAUUCAAAGCGGUCAAUAUUGUUCUAUCACUAUAUUUUUUGCAGUUGUCAAAUAUAUAUGUGAAUAAUCGGAGUAAUAUAAUAUUUCAGAACUCAUUCAAAAUUUAAUUAUUAUUUUGAGCAUUAUUUUGAGUUACCCCUUUAUUAUCAAAAUUCUAAAAGUCUAUUAGAGUAAAUACAAGCUCGUGGUUUUAACAUCAUUGUUAAAAGGCUUUAUAGCUUUCAAACCUAGUUUUAAAUUCACUAAGUUUUUGAGAGAAAAAUUAACAUAAUCGAGAUAGAGGGAAGAAAGGACUAAACGCAAUAUCUAAAAAUUGAGGUCACUCCUUUUUUCUCAAAAGGUCUCAGGGCGAUUUUAAUAAAAUUCAUGUUAGGGAGCGAUUAACCUUACACUAAACAGUUUGUAAAAAAAAUAAAUAACUUUAACCUUAAAUUGCAAUUUUAAGACAUAAAUUUGA